CAUUUCUUUAAACGGUUGAAGCACAAAAAAAUAUACAAAAAAUGCCGGCCUUCCACUCGGAGAUUGAGGAUUUCCAAGGAUCGGUGGGCAACAUGGCCAUCCUACCGUUACGUACACAAAUCCGAGGACCAGCGCCCAAUGUUGAUAUUCCCAACGAUAUCAUCGAUGAGUCACUGUACUUCUGGAAGUCAAACAUUUUCUUUCGCACAUACGAAGUUAAGUCGGAAGUGGACCGUGUGCUUAUCUACAUAACGCUGUACAUAACCGAAUGUUUGAAGCGUUUGGCCCGCUGCACUAGCAAAUCGCAGGGCCAGCAGGAGCUCCAUAGCCUGGCCAUUUCCCGGUUCGAUCUGCCCGGCGAUGCGGGAUUCCCCCUGAACGCGAUAUACACGAAGCCGGAGGAUCCGGAAGUGAUGCGUCAGUAUUUCCUGCAACUGCGCCAGGAAACCGGAACGCGGCUGCUCGAGAAGGUCUUCGAUACUCCAGAUGACAAGCCCAGCAAGUGGUGGAUAUGCUUCGCCAAGAAGAAGUUCAUGGAGAAGAGUCUAUCGGGACCUGGGAUGUAGACUGUUAAAAUAAAUACACCGAAAAAAUACUGCCGACUUGAGAGAGUUAAUUAAUAAAUGCCAACGAGAUUUUAUAAAUUAAAUUACAAUUUAUUGUGGUAUUUUUUUUAUUGAUUUGUACGCUUUGAAAAGCGCAUAUUCACAUUUUAGGCAAACUUAAUGGCUAGUAGCGUUGUUAAACAUUGUUUGCUGAAUGCUAAUUAAUACUUUACAUAAAUCUCACUAUAUUUAUAAAAUCGAUGAUAGACAAUUUUUUUGUACACAUUAUUUUAACGAUAAUUAAUUUCAAUUUAAGGCUCCGAAAUAAUCAAAGCCAUUUGGGUAAUCAUUUAUUAAAAUCGGGUUUUUGCUGCAGAUCACUCUCUUUUAUGCUUCUUUUCUUUAUGCGAUUAGAAUGCCAAUAAACAUGUUUAUACAUACAUA